AAGUGAUUCCGGUUUAUCAAAACAGUAGCACACUCGAGGAAAAUCGAUUAUAACUCAUGUUUUAGAGUGUUGAAACGCCACAGCGAUUGUAGUUACACAUACCAGUGUAGAGUAGCGAAUCAUUGAGACGAGUUGAUUUAUUAAUAAGCUGGAUCUCGGAUCACUGAGGGUGCCAGUCCAGCCGAUGCCAAGCCCUAUGAUGAUGGUGGAAAAUAGGGAACAGCAGGGACCACCCGGACCAAAUAUGCGCCACACUCCAUAUAUGGGCCAGCCGGACUAUCGGAUCUAUGAACUGAACAAGAGACUCCAGCAGCGAACUGAGGAAAGUGACAAUCUUUGGUGGGAUGCUUUUGCCACUGAGUUCUUUGAAGAUGAUGCGACCCUCACAUUGUCCUUCUGUUUGGAGGAUGGACCAAAAAGAUAUACUAUUGGUCGGACAUUGAUCCCAAGAUAUUUCCGCAGUAUAUUUGAGGGGGGUGUAACGGACUUAUACCUCAUACUAAAACACCCCAAAGAGUCAUUCCACAAUACGACGAUCACGCUAGAUUGUGAUAUGGCCCUAAUGGUAACCCAUCAUGGCAAGCCCAUGUUCACAAAGGUUGUGACAGAAGGACGUCUGAUUCUUGAAUUUACAUUUGAUGAUCUCAUGAGGAUUCGAUCUUGGCACUUUGCCACCCGGCAGCAUCGUGAACUGAUCCCACGCAGCGUAAUUGCCAUGCAACAGGAUCCCGCCAUGGUAGAGCAGCUAUCUAAGAAUAUCACACGGCAAGGACUCACAAACUAUACAUUAAAUUUUCUCAGGUUAUGUGUAAUAUUGGAGCCGAUGCAAGAGUUGAUGUCACGGCACAAGGCGUAUGGAUUAAGUCCCCGUGAUUGCCUCAAGACAACGUUGUUCCAGAAGUGGCAGCGAAUGGUAGCGCCACCAGGUACAAAUACUAACAGACAGCCUAGUAAGCGAAGAAAGAGGAAGACAAGUAGUAAUGCCGGUGUAAACAAUUCAGGGUCUGGGCCACAAUCAAAGAGGAAAAACUCACCAGGACCUCAGUUCAGCUCAGUUCCAGGGGAAGUAAUGGUUGUAGGAGAGCCCACUCUCAUGGGUGGCGAAUUUGGAGACGAGGAUGAACGAUUAAUCUCACGACUAGAAAAUCAACAGUUUGAAACGAACCAGGAGGGUGGGGGGACUGAACAAUCACCCAGCGCUGGUACGACGUUCCAUAAUAAUUCCCCCUCCCUUGCCCACAGUCCCUGGAAUCAGGAUAAGAAGCCGCCCCCUCCCACAUCAAAUCCCACGAGUCAAGCACCACCGCCGCCAACGAUCAGCUCUGCCGAUGAAAUAAAACAGGAAUUGCCAUCUAGCAAUUAGCGACAUCUAUACCACAAUUAGCACACUAUGUAGAGUCUAUUCCAACAAUUUGCCUUAUAACAUUCAUUUAAUUUUACCAGAUUCGCCGAGUUCUAUAUCUCAUUAAUGUAGA